GCCAGGCCCAUCAUUCUCUCUCUGUCCCCUCUUCUUCAUUCUCCUCAUCUACGCCAUUUCCACACUCGUUGAUUCUCAUCGAGCUUCCGGUCAAUACUACUUCCUUCUCGAUUGCAGAACCACCGGAGAGAACGUGAGAAUACAUUCUCGCUAGAAAGGUGGUUAACCUGGAAGCGGCACCGGAAUCUAAAACCCUACACUGAAUUUGAAUCAACAACAAGAUGCAGCAGGGAGGAGGAUCUGAAACGGAAGUUACAUGGGAGGACCAGCAGAAUAUCAACAAAUUCGGAAGGUUGAAUAAUCGCUUACACGAGCUUAACGAUGAGAUCAAAUUUGCUAAGGAAGCUAAUGAUAAUUUAGAGGAUGCGAGCAAUGAGUUGAUUCUCACUGAUGAAGAGGUUGUUCGGUUUCAAAUAGGAGAGGUUUUUGCUCAUGUGCCGAAGGAUGAAGUUGAGAGCAGGAUAGAACAGAUGCAAGAGGCAACAAGCCAGAAAUUGGAAAAACUUGAGGAGGAGAAACAAUCUGUGGUUGCUCAGAUGUCCGAACUGAAGAAAAUUUUGUAUGGGAAGUUCAAAGACUCGAUCAAUCUUGAGGAGGAUUAGCAACUUGUUUAUAGAUUUCUAGGAUUUUGUGUGGUUUUUAUGAACUCAUAUGACCUUUGGCUUUUCUGAGUCAGUUUGUGUCUCUCUUUGAAUUGUAGAAUGUGUCUUGAUUGAACCUCUUUACAUCUUUGCCAAUGCUUCUUUCUUUUC